UAUAUCCCUCUCUCUCCCCGCCCUUUCUCUCUUUCUCUCACACACUCCUAGCUAAGCCGAAAAAACAGAAUCUCUUAUCUAUUCGCCCACCAUCUCUCAUCCCCCCCUUUCAUGUGAUGCCUCCUGUCGCUUCUCCCAUCUCUGAAUGCUCUCAAUUCCUUAAGCCUCCUUCAACAACUAACCCACUUCAUCUCCUCUGAUCCUUUCUUUUCCUUAAUUUGCUUCGAUCGUUUCUACAGAAAAUUGUAAUUACAAGAUCGAGAAACUGAAGGUUUUACUGUUUACACGUGACCGGUUGUUUUUCAGUUGAUUUGUUUUUUUGGAGGAGGAGACAUGGGGUCACUGCAAGGACCAGUAAUUUAUCCUGCUGUGCGUGCAAAACAAGCGGGAACUUACAGCUUCCCAAUGACUGGUCCUUUGGUGAAGGGUUGGCUCGUUAGAAGUGAAUUGCAGGGAUUUAAGGGCUUAAGUGGUUGCAAAUCUAAGGUGGUUCUUACUUCUCGGCAACUAAAAGCGCGAAGAUGCAGUGUAGUGCAGUGUAGUUUGAGCUCAUCAUCAGAUGGUAAUGGGAGUACAGCAGAGAAUUUCAAUGAAAAUCAUGGAGAUUAUGUCAACUCUAGUGUAGUUGAAGCUGUUGAGGUGAAGAGUGGAUCGGAUGGUUUUGUGAUCAAAAUGAGGGAUGGGAGGCAUUUACGAUGUGUCCAUAACAACCCUCAAGGUGGGCAUCUACCAGACAACGCUCCGCAUCCAGCAAUUGUAUUGAAGAUGGAAGACGGGACUGGUCUUCUUCUCCCAAUUAUUGUUUUGGAGAUGCCAAGUGUGUUGCUCAUGGCAGCAGUGCGCAAUGUCCAAAUUGCAAGGCCGACUAUGUAUCAAGUGGUGAAGGAGAUGGUUGAAAAGAUGGGUUACGAAGUCAAACUUGUAAGAGUUACUAAGAGAGUGCAUGAAGCAUACUUUGCCCAGUUGUACCUCACUAAGAUUGGUAAUGAAACAGAAUGUGUCAGCUUUGAUCUUCGUCCAUCAGAUGCUAUCAAUAUAGCAGUUAGAUGCAAGGUUCCUAUUCAAGUCAAUAAGUACCUGGCAUACAGUGAUGGGAUGAGAGUCAUUGAAUCUGGAAAGCCAAUUCAGUCCCAUGUUUCAAAUGGCUUGUUAUUCACUGAACUAGAUCGGCCCACUGGUCAACCUUGUCUUGAUACCAAGGAAUUUGAUCUUGUGCGCAACAUGUUGACUGCUGCCAUUGAGGAGCGUUAUGGAGAUGCUGCUCAAUGGAGAGACAAACUUGGUCAAUUUCGAGCAAAGAGGAACUUGAAGAAAUAUACGUAAAAGUUCUCACAGCUUAAACUUGUGCAUAUAAACAAUUGUUGGAAGCUCAUGAGGAUGGCGGGAUUAUGUCGCUUUCCCCUUUUAUCCAUAUGUACGUAGCAAGUUUGUGAAUAUAUGUAUAGAUAGACUUUGCUAAUGUAAUGUUGGAAGCAAUUGACUACAGUUCAUUCCCGCAUAUUACUUGUAUGGAAGGCAAUGCUCAUUAGCUAUUUAAUCACGCAAGAGAUUUGCCUUGGCAUCAAA